CAUGAAUGCGAACCACUGUUAGCCAUCAAACUCCAUCGCGAGUUCAUCCGGUAUAUCGUGCAGUUUUGUGUGCGUUCUUAAUUUACGGAGCAAGUGUCAAAAAAUUCGUGCGAAUUAUCGACUAUAUAUAUAGUGAAGUCCACAUUCGUUCUGCUAUAGUCGUCUCUCGCAGUCUAAUCUGCAUUUGAAAUCAAAGUCCAAGAUUGCUUGCACGAACAAGCUUCGUAAUACAAAAUGGCAUUGCCACCGAAUUACAAACAAGUCGCAAUGGCUGCGUCGAAUAUCGUAGCCUCUAAUCAACGUAUAAGAGCAUCCGGUGGAAGUUCAAGUAGUUCAACAAACAGUAAAGAUACUCAGAGUCCAUUUGUGCAGACUCCGCAUAGCCAUCCAGGAUUUAUACCACAAAAAGUUGGAAAAAACACCAAUGCUGACUCUCGUAUGCUGAAACCACCUAAACCACCAGAGAAACCCCUUAUGCCAUAUAUGAGAUAUAGCAGGAAGGUAUGGGAUCAAGUAAAGGCUCAGAAUCCUGAAUUAAAACUAUGGGAAAUAGGCAAAAUUAUUGGACAAAUGUGGAGAGAUUUGCCAGAAGAAGAUAAAACUGAAUUUAUUGAAGAAUAUGAAACUGAGAAGGUGGAAUAUGAAAAAAGCUUGAAGAUUUAUCACAAUUCGCCUGCAUACUUAAAUUAUAUUGCAGCUAAAAAUCGUGGAAAGUCUGCAUUGUGUGCAGCACAACAAAACAAUGAUGAUCGAGAAAGCCACGAACGUUCAUCAGGUAGCAGUAAAAGUCAAGCGGCUCAGGAUAGGAGGAUUGAUAUUUUACCAGCAGAAGAUGAUGAUGAUCAAGAUGAUGGAUACUCUGUGAAGCAUGUGGCAUAUUCGCGUUACACGAGAAAUCAUCGACUUAUCAAUGAGAUCUUUAGUGAUACCGUUGUCCCAGAUGUUCGUUCGGUAGUCACUACUCAAAGAAUGCAGGUUUUACGACGUCAAGUACAGUCUUUAACAAUGCAUCAGAAAAAACUUGAAGCCGAAUUGCAACAAAUUGAAGAGAAAUUUGAAGCAAAAAAACGUAAAUUCAUAGAAACCAGUGAAAUAUUCCAAGAAGAAUUAAAAAAGCACUGUAAACCAGCAGUAGAUGAGGAAACGUUUAACAAAAUGGUAGAACGGCAAUAUGAAGCUCUUAGACGGGAAAGACUAAAAGGAACAGAAGAGAAUCGUUCGGAUGGACCGGCUUCCAGCGAAUCCACUCCAAACUCUACUCCGACUCCGACUCCUGCGUCACUUAACGAUGAGAUCCAACCUGAUGUUUCUGACAACGAUUCGAUCGAGAAGAAACCCAGUAGCGUUGAUAAACCUAAUAUCGAAAUGAAUAAGAAAAUGUCGCCUCCGUACAUCGAAAAUAAGCCCGAGCCACCAUCAGUUGUACAAGCAAACGCUAAUCAGCAGCACGCUGGGCCCAACUCUGGAAUGUACUGCAAUAACGUCAAUCCAAUUCAACAGCAUCCGCAUCAGCAACAGACGCAAACGCCGCAGCAUCAACCGCCACCACCGCAACAUCAACCGCCGCCUUCUCAGCAACAGCCGCAUCAGCCUCCUCCGCUGACGCAGCAGCAUCAGCCACCGCCACCGCCGCCUCAGCAGCAUCAACCGCUACCUGUUCCGCAACAUCAGGCGCCGCCGUCGCUGCAACCGCAACCACCGCCGCAACAGCAGCAACAAUCACCGCAAUCGCAGCAGCAACAACCGUCAGCGCCGCCGGUGCUGACGCCUCAACAACCGACCACGACAGCCACGGCAGCGGCGGCUGCGGUUGCGGCGGUGGUUGCGAGCGCAAACGCGACCGCGAAUUCCACUCCACCGAAUAUGCCGCCGGUGUCCGCACCAGCGGUACCGAUCCAACAUAAUCCACAUCAGCAGGGAAUGAUGGCGAAUCAUUCGAUGCCACCGCAUCAAGCGACGCAAGGUUCCCAGGGUACGCAGGUCUUGCCGCCGCAAGGACCGAGUCCUCAUACUCCGCAGAUGAUGCCGCCCAACCAAGCUUACGGCCAGCAACCGUAUCAGUCCGGACCCGGACCUCAACAACCGCAGAAUGUUCCUCUAGCUCCGAGGCCGCCGCAUCCAAGUUAUAGUUACUCUCAACAGCAACCGUAUCAUCAACCUUAUCCACAAUACGCUCAUCCGUAUUAUCAUCAACCGUAUUCGCAGUACUCGCCCCAUCCAAUGGGUCGUCCCCAUGGCCACGGUCCUCAUAGUCCGCACAGUCCACAUUAUCAUCCUCAGUCACCUCACACGGUUCCUGCUGAAAGUAAUACUAAUACUAAUGUCGCAGGCGGUUCCGCAGCCGCCGCGGGUAACGCACCUGCUCCUGAGAACAAUAAUUCUGCUUCAUAUUCUUCGGGACACUGCGAGAACGAACGUUCCGGUUCGGCGGAGAAUCAGGAAGGUCAAGUAGACGCUAAAUCAGGAUCUACUUAAUUAUUGUUUAUUUUAAUUGUUUCUUUUUAUUAUUUUACAAAUUCUGAAUUAACAUGUAUUCGACUAUUCCUUCCUAUAUUAUGUUGCAUUCACACAAACUUUCAACAUAAUCCUUCCAUUUAUAAAGUAAAAAUGUAGUGAUAAUCUUUAGCUUUAUUAUGGCUUGCACGCAACACAUACCACAGAUACACGAAAUUGUAAACCGUUCCAUGUGAAAUGAUUGUAUUGCAAGGUAAAAUGGAUAGCAGAAAUGUACAAAAUGCUCUCUGAUUUUAUCUUUGUUAGGAUAAUCAGUCUUAUUUCACUGGUUUCAUUUGCCAAAGUCCAUCAUUUAAAUAAUGACAAUUUUCGAUGCCUAUUCCCUUGUUUACUUUGGCACUACAAAUCACAAAAUAAUACAUUUAAAAAAUAAGUAUUGAAAAAAAAAAAAGAAAUUAUUUCAACUUACAUGUCUUCUGUUGAUAAUGUUGUAAUUCCAACAGCUAACGCAUGUUGCUUGCCCUCUGCCAUAACAGCCUAUACAUCUCGAGUUAAGGAUUGGUAUAUCAAUGUGAAAUAAACUAAUUAAAAUAUAUAAAAAAAUAUCUGA